AUGGAAGAGAACCACAAAAUCACCCGAACACUUCGCGCCCAUCAUGAUCUUCUGGACGAGGUCAAAACCACUCUUCUCAGUAUCUGCGAGAGGCUUUCGACCCCGCAUUUCAAAUCCAUCAGCGACACCCUCUCGGCACCAAAGCAUGUUGUGGCGUUGAUCUUGGCUCUCAGCAAGGAUCUGGCCGAAUGGGUAACAGACCACCAUGAACUGAUCGUGCAGCAGAGUCAAGUAGUGCAGCAUAAUCGCAUCCUAGAAGCCCACGAGGCAUUGGUUAGACAGGCGAAGCAGAUGGCGGAAAAGCAGAAGUAUCUGGAGUUUGAGAAUGACAUCUACCGGAGGAUGUUCAAGGAGCCUGAGGAUCCCAAGGAUAUCGCGCAGUUGAGAAUAGCAGGGCUGGCGAGGCCAAACUCAUCGCAUACUAGGGAGGCUGAGCCGAGGGCUCUGAUGCUCCCGGUCUCUCGUCUCCGCCAGGCACGAGAUCACGAGGUUGGUACAAAGGCUACGACGAACAAGAAGGUUCACGUUGGAUCAAAUUCAAGUCGGUCGGACAACAAAGAAACGAGGUCUACUGACGGCGGACGACACACGGAAGCGGCCAGGGCGGCCGAGGUAAACUCUGUGCCUUCCAGUUCCUUGGCCGUCGACGUUCAACAGACGGACACGGCCCAGGAGGAGACUCACGACUGGGACAGCACAGAAUCCGACAAAGGGCCCAUGCGCGACGCUUCUGGCCAGCCUACCAAAGAUUUGGACAAGGCAGACAAUAUGAUCAGCCCCCUGACCAAGCUCCCAGAUAUCAUGAGUUUCGCAGCCCCGGCGGGAAGCAGAGGAGGAAACAGGACGUUCAUCUACGAGUUCAGUGACAUCGUGUUGUUCAAGCCGAAUCCUCUUUAUCCGCCGCACAGUGGUAAGAUAGUCUCAGGGGUGGAACCGGGAACGAGUGUGACCGCGACCUGUCCAGGGAAACCCAAUAUACGAGUAUCUCUCGCAGCGGACCACGAUGCCUUGGUUCAGCGUCCGUCGCCCACACGGUUGGUGUACCCAGCGGCUGACAUCAACGUCUCGCAUCCGAAUGGCAGGAUGCGGACAAAGCUGGGUCUUCCGCUGCCGAUGACGCUCGAGGAGCUUCAUGAUGGUGCCGCAAAGGAAGUCGUCCUUUUCAGAACGGACCCCAACACCGAGGGAAGUAAAAGAAAGCAAUUCACCCUGGAUAUCCGCGUGAAUCGGGGAAUGAAUGCCGGACAGGAGAUCCAGAAGACGGUGGAAUUGAAGGGCAUGCCAAAUGCACCAUCGUGUUCAAGAUAUACGAGGUACGUCCAAUUAUUCCCUCCGCCCCGUGAUACUUCAUCUCGUCCGUCCCGAUCCUAA